AUGUGCCUGCCCGCUGCGGUUGGUAUCACCACGAAAGCGUUUGAUCAGGGUACGAGGAAGAAAAUUUCUCUCGCGUGUCAGGGUAUGGGCCAGCCUCUUGGCUACGCUUUAGGGUUGAUAUUUGGCGGUGUCUUUGCCGACACGAUCGGUUGGCGCUGGGGGUAUUAUAUGAGCGCCAUCAUCAACUUCUCCUUAUUCCUCGCCGUGUUCUGGGGCCUGCCGCCGGAUGAGCAACAGUCGUGUCGUGGAAGCGGCUGGGUGGCGACAUUGACUGGAUCGGAGCCAUGA